AUGCGAAUAUUGACAGGAAAUUUUAUGGGAACGGACACCUCCGUUUCCAUCGACGAGCAAGACACCCCUGAAGUUGGACCUUAUGAAAUCUUAGUACAAGUAAAAGCAUGUAGCUUGGAUUUGCAUAAUGAAAAGGCAUACCACCAGCUUCUGACAGCAUCCCUUAAAAGUUGUCCUUUGGGUCAUGAAGUGUCUGGAGAUGUUGUAAAAGUAGGCAAGAAAGUAGAGGCUUAUAAAGAAGGCAUGGCUGUUGUUGGAAUUGUUCCUUUUGACAGCAAAGCCACAGGAUGUGCUGACUACUGUCUGCUUAAUCAGUUUGAUGUCAUUGAGAAGCCAUCUUCUGUGAGCUACGAGACGGCAGCAGCUUCAGUCGGUGCUGGACUAGCUGCCUACACUGCAGUUAAUUACCUGGGUCAUGUAACAGCAGGAGAUACAGUGCUUGUUGUUGAUGGAGCUUCACCUCAAGGCUACCUCACGGUUCAGGCAGCUCAGGCUUGGGGAGCAAAGGUGUUAUCAACUUACAGAACCUUGUCUGAACGACAGUUUCUUGAGAGCUUGAAACCACCUGUAGCUCAGCUUAUUGAACUGACACAGCGCACCAACAUCCUGGCCAGUGCUGUGAUGGAAGAAACAGGGGGCAUCGGUGUUGACUGUGUUAUUGAUAAAGGAGUGAGAAUGUUUACCAGUGAAGAAGACAAAGAUUUAAUGGGAGAAAGAAACCUGCGCAACAUUCCACAUAAGCAUGAUAUAAUAUCCUGCCUAGGCUUUGCUGGCAAAUGGAUUACUGCACAGACAAAUUUGCAGCUGGAUCCUCCAGACAGUCAACAGUUGCUGUUGCGAGGGGCUUCACUUUGUUUCCUGUUUCCCCCUGCAUGGACGUUGAUGAGAGCUCAACAUGGCCGCUACCAACAUAUACUCAGGGAUCUAAUGGAUCGUCUGAACAGUGGAGAUUUUAAGUGUAAUGAUGUGCUGAAGGUUCCUCUAGACAAGGCUCCCGAUUUGGUUCUUCAGAAAGACUUAGACUCAACAAAGAGCAUUGUUAUAGUCCCUUGA